AUGGUGGAAGCAGAAGACUACUGUAAACAACGUGACCCUAAACGAGAGAAUUUGUACUUUGCCACGGGAUAUGGCCUGAUCCAGUGCUUCAAGGGUCUCAUGUCUUUCGAGGACGAGGAUCUUUUGUCGGGACUCAACUAUGUGCGAGAAGGGAAUAUAGUCGCGAACAGGCACCGGAAACCAUCAGCAUCAUUGCCCACGCGUCUUGCAGGUCUCGUAUUAGGAUCACUUAACACCUCGGGCGUCGGAUGGAUCAAGAACAUGACCCCUGUAGAGCGCCAUGCUGAACUUGUCUACGCAGAAAGUCUGUUCGAGAAGGCUCUCCUUGGUAUCGUCUAUUCCGGAGACUGGCUCGCAUUCAUCAAAGAAGCACUAAACAUGAGGACAACUAUCAACAUCUACCGUCAAUUAGGCAAAUAUAUAGAAACAAUGGAUGCUGAGGCGGAGGCACGCGGCGAGGGCCCUGAGGACAAGUCUAUUGAUCCGCACUUCCGCUCAGGCGUGUACCUCGGUGUCGGGAUGUCAAACGUCAUCUUAUCGCUUAUGCCGUCCAAGUUGCUCACAGUUAUCGAGCUGUUUGGGUAUCGUGGGGAUCGUCAUACCGGCCUCACAUAUUUGAUGAAAUCUGGAGGGUGGUCAGCGGACUCUGACACACCGGCCGUCAGUCUUGAGCAGGAGGGUAUCCGUCGGCCAAUGUGCGACAUGGCAUUGCUGCUUUUCCACCUCGUGCUCUCAAGCAUCACAUUUGACGGCGUCGACAUCGAGAUGGCACAGAAGAUCCUGGAUUAUAACGUCAAGCGGUAUCCAAACGGUGUCUUUUUCCUCUUCGGGCAGGGGCGCAUGGCGCUGUGUCGCGGACGACCAGCAGAAGCGAUCAAGUAUUACACGAAGGCAGUCGAGGCGCAAAACCAAUACCGCAACAUGUACCACAUCUCGCACUGGGAGAUCGCUGUUGCGAACCUCGCGCUGUGGGACGUCUCGGCGUCGCUGACGUACUGGCGGAUGCUAAGUGAUGAUGCCACUUGGUCGAAGGCGACGUACACGUAUGGCGUGGCGGCAUGUUUGCUGCAGCUCGGAGGCGAUGAGGAGCGCGCAGAGGCAGCGAAACUCAUGAACAAGGUCCCCGGGAUGCGACAACGCAUCGCGGGCAAGUCAAUACCUCUAGAGAAAUUCAUCGCGCGAAAGGCGCGGAAGUUCCAGGACCAGGGCGGGCGCUUGGCCCUCCCUGCGCUGGAACUCGCAUAUAUUUUCCUGGCAAUCGCGCGUUCUCCACGCAACAUCAUCAUGACCAAGAUGCUGCCGCCGAUCGAAGAGCUCCUGACCAAGCUGAAGCAGCACAAGAGCAAUCCGUCGGCGUACGAAGGCGGCCGUGGGUACUGGGACGACCUGUGCUUGGCGCAUUUCCUGAAGGGCAUCUGUCUGCGAUAUGUCGCUUAUCCGGACGCGGAUGCAGUGAUCGAUCCUGACGAGAAGAUUGCUAUUGCGCAGGCCGAUGCACAACGGGACGCGUUAUCCUCGUUCGAGGCUGUCUUCGCUGAUGGUGGCCGUAUCACGCUCGAUCACCACCUCAUCUAUUAUGCCCAUUACGAGUAUGGCCGACUCUUGGCAUGCAAAGGGGAUAAACAGGGUGCACGAGAGCACCUAGAACUAGUCAUGUCUGGCAAGCCGCUUGAGGGUCCAGCAGGAAAUAGGAAGGGAAAGUACAGCUUGGAGAAUGCUCUUCACGUCCGUACGCAUGCUGCUCUCGAAGCAUUGGAUCACAAGACCCGCCUCUAAGUCGUACUUCAAGCUGACCGCAUUCGAUUCCCCUCAAGGACAUUGCCAGAUCGAACAGCAUCUUUUUAGACUUAUAUUGUGCUAUCAGUUUAUUGCUUUAUUCCUGUUUAUCUCACUUACGACAAAGACAUACACCCGCCUAUUCUUGUAUGAAUGUUUCGCUUGACACCGAACAUGUAGAUCCCGGCGAUUCCUCUUGGGCACACUCAGCUCGGAUGAGUUGGAGGGGAGGUCAGCAACGAGAUUUAACUGUGUGGAUGAUAAAUGCCACCAUAUCAUAGUUGCUGCAUCACUAUAUGUCUGG